CUUCGAGGAUCGAGAAGAGAGGCGACGCGGGUGAAGACGAGAACGUGGACACGGAUGCGAGCGCGUACGCGGACGACGAUGGGGCAGAGAGUGCGACCGAGCCCCGAGCCCGAGCCGGAAAAAUCGGGGUGAGAUGCACCCUCGCCGCCAUCCUCGCACUCAAUCGGCCGCGGCGCUUCCACCUGGAAGCACGGCUCCUCGUCGCCAUCCGUUUCGUUCGCCAGAGAUCCAUCGAUUCCGACCGACCAUCGUUACUCCCUUCGACCGAACGAUCGUCGUCCACCGAUUUGCUUCUGACUCCGAUCGAAUAGAUCGAUCGACGACAGAAGAGGUGCGAAUCGCGGAGCCGAAAGCAUGAGCGGCGGAGAAUGGAGCGGUUGGUUGCAACGAUGUCGGGAAUCGCGAAGAUUGGUUCUGGUGAUCGUGGCCAUUGCUCUGCUCUUGGACAAUAUGCUGUUGACGACCGUCGUGCCGAUUAUCCCGGAGUUCUUGUACGACAUAAGACACCCGAACGCAACGUUGAGCGAGCGCGUCGAAGGGGACGUCGGUUCCCGUCGUACAACACUCGCCGGCGUUCAGCUCACGACCGCCACGAAUAUCGUAACUACUACUCCGAAAUGUCCAUGCAUCCCCGUCAAGUCAAACGAAUCGCAGUUGGAAUUUCUUUACCCGAGCACUCUUCCUAGUAUGGAAUCGAUCGAGAGCACGAGCGUCGGUGAUCCGAGUUCCGAUCCGGAAGAAGAGGACAGAAAACAAAGGCAUCGCGAGUUGGUGCAAGAAACGGUCGCCGUGGGUGUCAUGUUCGCCUCAAAGGCGUUCGUUCAAUUGCUAGCCAAUCCUAUCGUCGGUCCACUUACUCACAAAAUCGGUUACAGUAUACCCAUGUUUACCGGCUUUAUCAUCAUGUUCCUUUCCACGCUGAUAUUCGCGUUCGGACGAACGUAUGGAAUUUUGUUUCUGGCGAGAGCGCUCCAAGGAAUCGGUUCCUCGUGCUCGAGCGUUUCGGGUAUGGGCAUGUUGGCCGAGAGGUACCAGGACGAUAAGGAACGAGGAAACGCGAUGGGCAUCGCUCUCGGAGGUUUGGCCCUCGGCGUUUUGAUUGGACCUCCGUUCGGCGGUUUUAUGUACGAGUUCGUUGGGAAAUCCGCACCGUUUUUAAUACUCUCUGCUUUAGCUCUUGGCGAUGGAAUUUUACAGCUUCUGGUACUUCAGCCGUCCGUCGUUUACACGGAGGCUGAACCACCGUCUUUGAAAGCUCUGAUCACCGAUCCUUAUAUCAUUCUGGUUGCCGGCGCUAUAACGUUUGCUAACAUGGGGAUCGCUAUGCUCGAGCCCAGCCUUCCGAUUUGGAUGAUAGAUACGAUGGGUGCGAGUAGAUGGAAGCUAGGCGCCACGUUUCUACCGGCAAGCAUCAGCUACUUGAUAGGUACAAACCUGUUCGGACCGCUCGGACAUAAAAUGGGCAGAUGGUUAGCUGCCUUGAUCGGCUUGAUCGUAAUAGGGAUUUGCUUGAUGUGCAUACCGUUAGCUAGAAGCAUCAAUCACUUGAUCGUACCUAACGCUGGUUUAGGAUUUGCCAUAGGAAUGGUAGAUAGUUCGAUGAUGCCCGAAUUAGGAUACUUGGUCGACAUACGUCACAGCGCAGUAUACGGUAGCGUUUAUGCUAUCGGAGACGUCGCAUUCUGCUUGGGUUUCGCAAUUGGUCCUGCUUUGAGUGGUACGUUGGUGAACACCAUCGGCUUUGAAUGGAUGUUAUUCGGCAUCGCUAUUUUGAACUUCCUUUAUGCUCCGUUGUUGUACUUCUUAAGGGCACCACCAACUAAGGAAGAGAAAAAGUCGUUGAUAAUCGGCGAAAAAUCGUCUGUGCGCUACGUAACGUACCAGAACGAGGAAGAAGAGCAAUAAGAUAACGAACGUUUCUAAACACGGGAUCGUCGUCCUUCGGGGCAAGGAGUAACAACGAGUUAAAUGUAAUAAAGUAAGGCUCUGCGCGGGUGACGUUUUCAGGAAUAUAUAGGAAUAAGCGAAUCGCUAUUAUGCACCUUCUUCGUUCAGUUCAAAUUGUAUAUACUGUACGUGUACCGUUAGAUCAUAAGAAUAAGUGUGUGCGUUCAAGAGAAUGUAUGCGUUAAUCAAAUAUACAAAAAAAGCGUUACAAAAAUAAUAACACUUUCAUAUCGAUUGAUGGAGGCACCGCGAUAAAGACACCGACUCGUUUUAUCGAGAUAUCUUCGGAUCAUAACUUGAAUGCGAAUACGUACGAUGUCCACGACCCUUCGUAAAAUGUGAAUACCGUGAAUUUUUAAUAGCCCGAGACUUCGUCGAGAUUUCAAUCGUUGAUCGAUCUUAAUAAUUUAAAUUAGAGAGAACCGCCUACUUUGGAUUCCCUGAAUGGCUGCAGGGAAACCGUGCCUGAGAAAAUUGCGGGUAGGCACGAUGAAGAGUUCUCCGAGUCGUCGACAAUUUAAUCGAAGCUAAAGAUGUAACGUAUUUUGAACUUGAAUGUAAGCGUGAAACGAGACAGGGGUUUUCAGGGUUUGGAAAUUCACGGGUUUGCUUUUGACAGACAAGGGAAAGUUCGAACUCCGUUUUCUCGAUGCUCGAAGUUCAAUGCGUCGGUCAGCUAUCAAAUGAAAUGUUUAUUUGAUAGCAGCUGCACCUAUCUUUAAAAUCCUUCGGAUAAUCGAGUCAGAAGAAACAAUAAGCGGAGUACACGGGAAAGGGAGCCGGCGAAACGUUCGGUGAAUUUGCAAAUCAUACGAUAAACUUUAUGUGAAUUCGCAGUGGGAAACUCUAAUGAAAUUGCAUGCGUUGAACUGUUGACAUGUUAAAAUACUUACCUCUCUCGUUUGUUCGGCACAUAACUUGCCGUGUAGACGUAUGCACACACACAUACACAUAGACAGUCGCAUAUGUACGAAUACGAACAUAACGUAUUCGUAGCUGCGAUGAGUUAUUUGAAGAUUUAUAAAGCCACGAUCUUAUGGAUCGUGUAUAGAAAGCUCUAUGAUAACGACGACACUUGUCGUUCAUUAAGUAAUUGUUGUUCAAUCGAGAAAACUACGUAAAGCCGGUACGACUACAAGCCGUGCGCGCUUUCGGAUCCUAAGCUACUGCGAAUACGCACGCGAUACGGAAAAUAGAGGAGCCGAUAGAUUAAGGACGAUUGUCUGUUAAUAAUUAUCGAUGAAAUUACCAUUGGCAGCUUCGUAACUUAUAAAAUGUAUCACAAACACUCGUUAACUUCGAAUAGUCGCCUCGCGCCGCGUAGAAACUUAACGGAAUCUAUUGCGCAAGAUAUCCACGCAAAAUGGCUGCCCUCGCAGAUUCCGAGGCGGGCGCAGUUGAACAGCUGAACAAACUUUAUUUCUGCAGUCGUCAAGCUUAAUUUCGGCCUGUAGAUGAUCUUAGAAAUUCAAAGAUGAGGUAUGUUCUUGAGAAAGGUAAUCUAUAUUAAAUAACUAUGGCGAAUAUUUAUAUAUAUUAAUGUUAUCAAAUGUUAAACUUGAGAUCUAUACUGUAACGUUGCUAACUAUCGAUCAUAUAUAUAUUAAUAUGCGAAUAUUGCAAAAUUCGUGUUACGAACGCACUAUAUAUUAUGUCCGUGUCAGGGAGAAUAUGAUGUAGAUAUUUUAAGUAAGUAUAUAUUUAUUUGUGAAUACGUGUAUUCAGCAAAUAGCUUCCCAUUGCGAAUUCCGGUGAAUUCUCGAGGUCGCGUUACGCUAUGUCAUGCGAACACCGACCUACUCCCGAUAAUGAAACGCGAGUCAAUUCGAUUUGCAAAUUCCUCGCGAACGUUUGUCGAAAUCGGACAUAUUACGAUUACAAUGUAUCUUUGAGUAAAGUUGGGCAUCGAACAAGGCUUCUGACAAAGCGAUUCUGCGGGCUUCAUGUUCCUCUGAACCUGAUUCUCCGUUCGCUUUUUAUUCAUGAUGAACGAUAAAAUUUGUCCUACUCUGUCGAGAGGAGGAAAAGGUGAAAGGUAUCGCGAUCGCGUAAAUUAUUCUAGAUCGAUUCGGAGGACCGAUGAUUACAUUCUAUAACUAUUAUGUAUAUUCAUAGUACUGCAUUAAACAGCAACGUAAUUGCAUCUAUGUAGGACGUACAGUUACAAGUUCUUAAUCAAUCUCGAUGUAGCUACGUAUAUAUCUUCAUCGUUAAGGGUUUACAUUGCUGUAAAUAGAUAGAAAGUAGACGUAUAUGUAUAGGAGUAAUUUUUCAUCGUUGAUCGACUAAUUCUAAUCUCUGUUUGCUUUUUCGUUUUUUUUUUUUUGACAAUCGCGAUCUCUGAUAACUCGCAAACGAAUCGGAAGAUAAUUAAGCGGGUAACAAGUAGACACUGCAGCUGCUAUUGUGAACAGACAAUAAGCGAUAUCGUGAAGCACUGAAAUCACCACAAGACGGACAGAGAUAUUUGUAUGUGCACAAUUGUUCUCUUGUUAUUUAACGAAUAUUUUCUUCGAUAAAUUGCAUAUCUUUGAUCGAUCGAAUUCGCUGGCUCGUUCACUUACAUUAGCAAAGAUAGAUGGUAGAUUAGAUAGUUUCAUUUCUAAAACUAUGUAGAUUAGAUGAAAAGAAUGUAGUUCAUAACUCCUAUUCAAUAACUAUAAUGGGUAAUGCGCGCAAAGAGCGCGUGUCUCUGAAAUCGAUAUAAAAUAUAACACAUUUCUUUGGCUCAAUUACUGUAACGUACAUAUAUAUACGUAUAUAUGUACAAACACGCCGUAUAACUUAAUUCACCAGCUGGUAUAUGGGUCCGAUUUGAAUCCGCUUGUGUAGUCAUUGGAGAAGAGCGAGAUUCAAGAAGGAGAAUGGUAUUUCGUCGAUCUUGCGUGUGAGUGUAAUCGCGUAAAAUUUAAUCGAUGCAAGUACAAGAGCGUACGAUUUACCAAGGGAAUAUUAUUGUAUCAAAGAGAAUUGUGGAACGCGCGCGCGGAUCGAUUCUGGAAAUGGACAGGAUACCGUUUAUCUAGCGAUCUUGAUGCCUGGAUUCGAAAGAUACGAUAUGCGUUACUACUACGUAUGUUCUAAACUUUAUCUUGUGGGCUUAUCUUGUUCGUUGCGGGAGCAACUUCGUUUCAGCGAGUCGACGUUAGUUGUCAUUAAAACGCAUGAUGUAUUUAUGUGUACGUUGUUCGAUAGCAUGUAUCUAAAUAAACCAUUGCGUGUUUAACAUGAA